AUGUACUCCUCCAGCAACGACGAGAAGCACCUCGACCGCGAGGCCGACGGCCUUCGCAAGAUCGCCUUCUUCGGCAUCUGCAUCAGGUUACUUGCUGAAUUUCAGAUUUUGAAGCUUUGAACAUGAGGCUACCUUUAAGGAAUAGUACAAAGAUACACGCUCAAUGGAAAAAAUAAGAUUUUCAAGGCCCCCUUUAAAGAAGUCCAGCGCUUCCUUUAGUUCCUCCAAAAUCCCAAGUGACCACUUAAGCUUUUCUGAAAGCCAUCAGGACCACUUAGGUUUCGAGAUAACUUUCAGCUUUUCUUUCAGCUCUCAAACUUUUACAAAAACUUAAAAUACCUGCUUUCUAGCUCUCCGGUAAACUGAAAGGAUCAUCAAAGGGUUGCAAUUUUUGAACUUCCUCUUAUUCAACAAGUUUCAGUACGGUCGCGACUCUGACGGCGAUCGUCGCCAUCCCAUCGCUGUACAACUACAUGCAGCACGUGCAGUCCUCGCUGCAGACGGAGGUCGACUUCUGCGUCCACCGCACCAACGGCCUCUUCGACCAGUACGAGCGCAUGCAACGCGCCAAGGGCGUCGUCCGCAACGUCAUCAAGCGUCAGGCUGGCUACGGUGCUCCAGCUGAAUACGGAGACCACGCCGUUCACGGCGGUAGUGCUUCGGCUCCAGCUCCGGCUCCACAGGGCGGCAGCUGCUGCUCUUGCGGAGUUGGCAAGGCUGGACCACCAGGACCACCAGGAACUGACGGAAACGACGGCAAGGACGGUCAGCCCGGACCUGAUGGACAACCAGGAAGCGAUGCUCCAGCCGACGCCGUCCCAACCGCCGACGACUUCUGCUUCGACUGCCCAGCCGGACCACCAGGACCAGCCGGAAACCCAGGACCUAAGGGAGCCCCAGGAAACGCCGGAUCCGAUGGACAGCCAGGAUCUGACGGUCAGCCAGGAGCCGCUGGACAAGCCGGACCACAAGGACCAGCCGGAGAUGAUGGAGCGCCAGGAGCCGCUGGAGCGCCAGGAGCCCCAGGAGUCGUCGAGGAGGUUUGCCUAGGCUAGAUAGUAUCCAAAGACAAUGGAAACUUUACAGGUUCCCGGACCACAAGGACCAGCAGGACCAGCCGGACCCGCCGGACCAGCAGGACCUGACGGAGCUCCAGGACAGCCAGGAAAGCCAGGAAGCGACGGACAGCCAGGAGCUCCAGGAGACGCCGGCUCCGACGGACAGCCCGGCCAGCCUGGACAGCCAGGAGAGCAGGGAGCCGCUGGAGAGCCAGGAGCCGGAGGCGGCUGCGACCACUGCCCACCACCACGCACUGCUCCAGGAUAUUGA